AUGGAUGAGUCAGACAGGGACAGGACCUUUUUAAUGAAGGGGGCAAAGGACAUCGCCAAAGAGGCCAAACGACAGGCCGUCAAAAAAGUCAACAAGGUGGUGGACCGCGCCUCAGACGAAUACUCACGAGGUCACGCCUACAGCCGUUUUCAAGACGAGGACGAGGAAGGUGACGGACAUUACGGCGGGAGGAUGGAAAGCGAUUACACGGGGCAAAUGCAAGACGAAGAAGGAUCCAGCGACGCCACGGAAGGUCACGAUGACGAGGACGAGAUCUACGAGGGGGAGUACCAGGGGAUCCCCAUGGACACGAAGCUUAAGGACGGGCAGGUAGCCCUAGGACAGCCGUUACCGGACAGCAUGAAGGACAGGAGGGAACUGGAGAGCGAGAGACAGGCUGACGAGGAGGAGCUGGCCCAGCAAUACGAGCUCAUCAUUCAAGAGUGCGGUCACGGGCGUUUUCAGUGGCAGCUGUUUUUCACACUGGGACUGGCGCUUAUGUCUGAUGGUGUUGAGGUGUUUGUGGUGGGCUUUGUGCUGCCCAGUGCUGAGACUGACAUGUGCGUGCCUGACUCCAGUUCUGGAUGGCUUGGUAGCAUUGUAUACUUGGGAAUGAUGAUUGGAGCCUUCUUCUGGGGUGGCAUGGCGGACAAAGUGGGCCGUCGGCAGUGUCUGCUAAUCUGCAUGUCCCUCAAUGGCUUUUUUGCCUUCCUCUCCUCCUUUGUUCAAGGCUAUGGCUUCUUCCUAGUCUGUCGCAUGAUCGCAGGCUUUGGGAUCGGGGGUGCGGUACCAAUAGUCUUCUCCUAUUUUGCGGAGGUGCUCGCGCGAGAGAAACGCGGAGAGCAUCUGAGCUGGCUCUGUAUGUUCUGGAUGAUCGGAGAGAUUUAUGCUUCGGCUAUGGCUUGGGCCAUUAUACCACACUACGGCUGGAGUUUUAGCAUGGGCUCAGCCUAUCAGUUCCACAGCUGGAGGGUGUUUGUGGUGGUCUGUGCCCUGCCCUGUGUCUGUGCCGUGGUGGCUCUCACCUUCAUGCCUGAGAGUCCCAGGUUCUACCUGGAGGUGGGAAAGCACGACGAGGCGUGGAUGAUCCUUAAGCAGAUCCAUGACACUAACAUGCGGGCACGUGGACAACCGGAGAAGGUCUUCACUGUGAACAGAAUCAAGAUCCCAAAACAGAUUGAUGAUUUUGUCGAAAUGCAGAACGAGUCUGGAAACUUUGCUUCCAAGUUCAUCUUCAGAGUGAAGACCGAACUUUACGGGAUUUGGUUAAACCUCCAGAAGUGCUUCAUCUACCCUGUGAAGGACAAUACAGUAAAACUUGCCAUUGUGUGGUUUACGCUGUCCUUUGGGUACUAUGGGCUUUCUGUGUGGUUUCCUGAUGUUAUCAAACACCUCCAGGCUGAUGAAUACGCCUCUAAAGUGAAGAUUCAUACAAACGAACGGAUUGAGGAAUUCACAUUCAACUUCACACUGGAAAACCAAAUACACACCAACGGGCUGUUCGUUAAUGACAGGUUUAUAAGUAUGAAAUUCAAGUCUGUCACCUUUAUCAACUCCACCUUUAUAAGCUGCGUCUUUGAUGAUAUAACUUCAGUGGGCUCCUACUUCCGUAACUGUACUUUUAUUGAAGCUUUCUUCUUCAACACUGAUAUUGAUGACUCCAAACUCAUUGGCACCGCGGUGAUAAAUAGCACAUUUCACCAUAACAAAACUGGCUGUCAAAUGACUUUUGACGACGACUACAGUGCUUACUGGGUCUACUUUGUCAACUUUCUGGGAACGCUGGCAGUGUUACCAGGCAACAUAGUGUCUGCCCUCCUAAUGGACAAAAUAGGCCGCCUGUCCAUGUUAGGUUUUUCCAUGAUCCUGUCUGGAAUCAGCUGCUUCUUCCUGUGGUUUGGCACCAGUGAAUCCAUGAUGAUUGGUAUGCUGUGCCUUUAUAAUGGUCUGAGUAUAUCUGCCUGGAACUCUCUGGAUGUGGUCACUACUGAACUUUACCCCACUGACAGAAGAGGGACUGGUUUUGGCUUCUGUAAUGCGUUGUGCAAACUGGCUGCAGUUUUAGGCAACCUCAUUUUUGGCUCUUUAGUUGGCAUCACCAAAGCCAUUCCCAUCCUGCUGGCUUCGUCAGUACUGGUGGGUGGAGGCCUGGUCGGACUUCGGUUACCUGACACCAGGUCCAACGUGCUGAUGUAG